UUCUUUGUAACUUGUGCAUUUCUUGACAUUUGAUAUGAAACAUUAAUGUGUCAGUAAAAAUAUUUUUUCAAACGAAGGUUUUGGAAAAUCCUAGAGGAACAACGUACAUCUGUGUUAUCGUUGUGUUGUCAUCAUUGUGAAAAUAUGGCAGAUACAAAUUUGCCGCUUCGUCUAACUUUAGAGUUUGGUGGAGGAGCAGAGCUGCUGUUUGGCAAAGUGAAGAAACAUACACUGGAGUUGCCCCAUACUGACAAGACAUGGACAGUUCGGAAGCUUCUUUUGUGGAUUAAGGAUAACUUACUGAAAGAAAGACCAGAGCUUUUUCUACAAGGAGAAACUGUGAGGCCUGGUAUACUUGUUCUUGUUAAUGAUGCUGACUGGGAACUCUUGGGGGAGCUUGACUACGAGCUGCAGCAAGGCGAUAAUGUGAUGUUCAUAUCGACUCUUCAUGGAGGCUGAAGAGUCCUGAGCACUGUGCAACAGUGGAAUUUUGGCUUUAACCCUGCUGUUGAUGCAGCAUUAAUAUACUAAUUUAUGUACAAUACUUUUCUAAAAAUAUAUGUAUAUAGAUGUAUAAACAUUUGCUUUCCUGCCAUUUAAAA